AUGGCACCGCAGGUUUCAUCUCCCGGCGAUGUCCUGCGGCGAUCCGCGAAAACAUCAUCACAAGUGUUUGAAGAGAUCAAGCUGUUCCUGAGAGGGCAGCCAAGCGUUCCCCUUUGUGAGACUCAGUCUCUCAUAGAAGCCCUGGUCAUGAUUGACUUCGUGGUACUUCACAUAUCGGUGAGGAUCUUGAAAGAGGAUGAUGCGACCGUGUUGGUCUUUCGGGACAUGCUGGGGCAGGACCGCAUCAGGUUCCACAAGUUUGUGGGGCGCCUCCAAGGAGCUUUGGCCGGAGAAGACGGUGAUUCAGACUCAGACUUUGACUGGGAGUCGCCCGAGUCGCCCGAGUCUGAGUCGCCCGAGUCGAUCGCCGGUCUCAUGAAGGAGGCCACAUCUCCAAGCAAGAAGGCGGCAGAGGCCGCGCAGAUCCUUGCCCUCUGGGCUCGUGAUCGCCCCGCAUCCAGGGCCGCGAUUGCCCGGGCUGGCGCCAAGGUGCAGAUGUCUCAACUGCCCCAGGAAUCUGCACUUCCCUUGCUCGCAGCCAUGCAGUGCGCUGACGAGCCGAUCUGCUUGCUUUCGAGUUAUGCCAGGUCACACCUUGGAUACAAGCUCAGUGAAGACGACUCCACCAAGUGCACCAGCCCUUCGCCCUCCUCCAAUCGGCGAUCAUGCAGCGUGGCUACCAGCUCCGACUCGGUGCCGUGA